GUGCUGUCUUUAACCACAAGCAUGGUAAUCCACUUUACACGUUAACUCCCUAAUACACUAGACACUUCUGGGGGUUUUCAUCAGUUAUUUCCUAGCACGGCUGCAUGGUGGACUGGGUUAUUACGUCUUCGUGAAACUCCUCACAAAGAUCUGAGCUGCUUAGAUAAAAGUAUUGUGGCUUCUGCGUACAAGACGUUGUGAUAACCAAUCGUACGUACAGUCAGUAGAUUAUGGUACAUAUACAUGGAAAGACUACCAUUUGCAGCUGUGUGGACUUCAAUGGGUUACAAAACUGUUUUGCCAUCGGGUAGUCGUGUGAGUACAUAACAAGAAUGCGUUUUUUCAGUUACAAAUGAACUGAAGUCCAACCAGCAUUCUGAUCAAAUCACGGAGCCAGGACAUUAAACCAUGGAAGUAUUACUUAAAUCCAUUUCCAUUUAUGAACUAUACAAUCAGCCACAGAAGUCAAAGUCAACAAUGGUAUAUUGACUUUCAACAUACUGCUGCAGUGAGUGUGCCUGGAGUUAUGCGAGUUAUGCUUUAUCAUAACAAUCAUUCAGUUUGCACGCACAGAUCUUCAAGCUUUCACUGAAUCUACGCUUUGGUUACACUGGAUAUUUACGUAUGGUCGUAGACGUAGUGUGAGAAUCUUUGGAAACUUUGAGAGAAAAACCACACGCUCCUACAGAUUGGACGUCACCGUGAUGUAACCACUGAAAGGAACCACGGAUAGACUGAAGAAAGCGACAACAUGAACACAAACUGCAUUAAGAUUUCACUCAUAAUGGAUUGAACAGCACCCGGAAAAUCGGACAUUUUACCCGUUGCCUAUGAAUCAGAGGGUGGGGAGAACUUUACAAGAAGAGUCCCCCCCCCAAACCAACAAUAACAAUGUCAUACACACAUGGAAGAGCCCUAGUCACAACUGCUUGUCUAACUUUAAUGACAAGCUUUGAGACCCAUGCUCAGGAUCCUCGAGCCAAUAUGCCAGCAACAUUGGAUCCGGGCCAUAAUGCACACCAGGAACUCGUUAUCUUCGGAUGUCUCGUUGCAAUAUCAGCAAUGCUAGCAACGAUCUUAUUACUCCUGUGGUUUCUAGUGUCUCGCAGGAAGAGUGAAGUCCGAGAUAUCAAACGUGUCCUACCACAGGUUGUGGAUAUCAUGCGAGCCAAUGCUUUGGAAGAUGAUGAGGGUGAUGAGCAGGUUGUAUCCGGGACGAUGAGGGCACCAGAGUUUGAAGCUGGGUUCAUGACGUCAUCAAGCAUGGCGGAUAACACUGCAGAGCGUCUUCAUCCGGGAUAUCGGCAACACCAAGUACACGUUGAACACCAAAUACACGCUGAACAACAACCAGCUGUAAGUUUGAGGUCACCAAGUGAUAUUUCGUCAUCUGAGGGAUUGACCAAUCACAUUGCAAGCUCCUCACAAAGCAACCAAUCACAGAGGACCAAUCAGUUUGAUGGUCGUGUUCAUCAGCAAGGUCGUGCAAGAAGAAAAUACAAAGAUGAAACCCAUGACUUGGUGGAUGAUGAGGAUGUUUUCGGUCCGUCCAAUCACGGACCAAGAGAAGAGCUUUCAGCCAAUCAACUACGCACAUUGCUUCUUGGAGAUUUUCCCCACCAAUCAACGGGAAGGAAUACGACAACGCAACCGGAGUUAUCAGCUCGUAUUGAAGUCUCAACAAUAUCUGCAAGAGAAACUGAUUCUAGAUCCAUACCACAAUACUCACAUGCUUACGAUAAUCCUGAUAUGUCACGUGCUUAUACACCAACCAAUCACAUUGAAAUACUGACCAACGAUCAAGACAGACUCAAGUACAGAAACUCGUAUUACGAGAGCCAUGUUUGAUUCUUGUCUUGGAAAUUGACCAACUUUAAAACUAUUCGUUAUUUCAUAGUUCAUAGUUCUGGUGUUUCCGACUCAUUUUUGUAGCAAGCACCCUUGUUAUACUGUUUCCUCAGGCUUGUGAGCUAUAUACAGCGAUUAAGUUAAGUUAUGGGGCAUCAUUGACUUCAUGACAUAGAUCUUUUAUAUACCAAUGGUUCUCGUUUCGCUAAGUGAACACUGUUGCUCAUCUAUACACCAGGUCCCAAUUAUAUAGGGCUGCUUAAGCAGAGAAAAAUAAACAAAUUUCUGCUAAGCAAAAAUGAGCAAGAUACCAGUCACUUAGUAUGUACGUCUACCGCCCUCUACCGCCUGAAAAGGUUUCCAAUUGUGAUUAUAAACAAUGUAAUUAUAGCUCAAAAUUUGAAUUUAAAACAAUACAAAGUGCCUUUACUAACAAGUAAAAUAAUAGUAUAAUUAUCACAUACAUGUAAUUGUUUUGAUAAAUUUGACGCGAUUGUUUUGACAGGUUUUGUUUCAAACAACAACCGAAUGAGAAACUCAACAAUGGCAUUGUGUUUCUCAGCUCCUGUAAGCUAAUAUUAAUUCAAUUAUAGUUUGAAGGAAGAUCAACACGCUAAGAUGUCGCUCCGAUCGUUCAGUUCACACUGAACACACAGCAGGGUGGAUAUGUGCGCAUUACAAGUCUUG